GCGACCGAGCUUGGUCGGGUACAGAAGGAGAACCGCAACCGUUUCCAAGCCGGAGGGACAGGAAUUAUAAUAAUAAAUAAAUAAAAAAAAACCACAAACUACUGGACAAAAUACGCGACUUCUUCUGGGGAAGAUUCAUUUAGCAAACCUGGUGGAUAUUUUUAAACGAAACACCGACCAACCUGGAAUAUAUUCGCUAGUUAACUGUUUUCGAGCUACACAGCUAACCAGGCUAGCUAGCUAAACAUGGAGGGUAGAAAUUGAGCCAAAAAAAAUGAAGGUUCUUGAGAAGGUUCUUCGUGCACGCGCUCUAAAUUUUGUAUUAACAUCCAUUUGAAAUACUUCGACUCUUGAUAUUUGCCUGUUGUUUGGUUUAGUUAAGUUUCCCUGGACGGUAUAAUGUUACUUUUUUAAGUUGUUUAGUUAGCCAGCUAAGUUUUUAGAUACUCACGCGCGCGUAUUAUGAAAGAUAUUUUUUCGUGCUUUGGUUCUUCUAAGUAAUAACAAUAACAAGAAAAGCACUAAUGCACGGCUGUGUGUGUGAGACUGCGGGGAUUUCUGAGUAAUGAAAUGCAGUGGAGAAGUGUUCCUGUGUUUUUUGGAGAUGCUCCGGGUCGCCUGUGAAAGAAACUAAACUAUCAGGAAUAAUAAUAAUAAGGCAGGGACUGUAUCAAUAAAUAAGUAAUAAUAAUAAUAUUAGUAAUACGUCAUGAUGGAAGGUCGGGAAACUCCUGGACACGUCGCGAUGCUUGCGGCUUUUUAAUGGCAGUUUGGGCGUUGGAUGUGGAGCCCCGACACCCUGAAAACAACCCACAUGGUUCUAAUCGUUUUAGAAGAUCUAUUACAUGGAGACUAGUUGGUCAUGCCGAGGAAGGAGUUACCGUUGCCAGAGGGUUGGGAAGAAGCCCGAGAUUUUGACGGGAAGGUCUACUACAUUGACCACAUCAACCAGACCACCAGCUGGAUCGACCCCAGGGACAGGCACACUAAGCCCCUGACCUUCGCCGAUUGUAUCGGAGAUGAGUUGCCUUUGGGAUGGGAGGAAGCGUACGAUCCGCAAGUCGGCGCUUAUUACGUCGACCAUAACACAAAGAGCACUCAGCUGGAGGACCCGCGGGUGCAGUGGCAGCGGGAGCAAGAGCUCAUGCUGCGCGAGUACCUCAACGUAGCCAAGGAAGCGCUGAGCGCCCAGAAGGAGAUUUACCAGGUCAAAGAGGAGCGCCUCCGUCUGGCACAGCAACAGUACAAGCAGCUCAACGACGCCUGGAGGGACAAGUCAUCCUCACAGACCAGCUUAAAUUCCAGAUCCUCAUCAAGCAGUAAAUAUGACCCUGAAAUUCUCAAGGCAGAGAUUGUGACCGCUAAGAGUCGGGUGAGUAAGCUGAAGAGAGAUCUGGCCUGUAUGAGGCAGGAGCUGCUUUAUAAGGAGCAGGGCUUUGAAACACUGAAAGAAAUCGAUCACAAGUUGGCGAGCGCUUCUUACGGAUACAAGCAGCACGAGGCCCAAGCCAUCUUGAAGGAGGUCAGGACGAUUAAAGAUGCCAUCAGCUCCGGGGAAAGAGAAAAGCAGGAGCUCAUGCAGAAACUGGCUGUGCUGAAAGAUGGCUUCCAUUUGGAUUUCGGCUCUCAGACCGAGCUGUGGGCCAGUAACCCCUCUCUGGCCAACUCGAACCUGUCGCUGCCUCGCCUCUAUUCCGACGCCGAGUCCCAGACGGAUAUACCCACUGAGAUGGGUUCGAUCCACAAUAAGCUGGCGGAGAAGGUACGAUUGAGCCUGAAAUACGAAGAGGCGAAAAGGAGGAUCGCAAACAUUAAAGUCCAGAUAGCCAAGUUGGACAGCGAGUCAUGGCCCGGUUUGCUGGACCCCGAGCGAGACAGGCUCAUUCUCAUCAGCGAGAAAGAGGAGCUGCUGAAGGAGCUGCAAUACGUUAAACCCUGCAAGCGUGCGCCCAGCGACGCCGAGAAGAUCGAAACCGAGAAAAAGCGUCUGGAGCAGGACCUGCAGGCGGCACGCGACAGCCAGAGCAAAGCUCUUACAGAAAGGUUGACGUUACAUUGCAAGAGGAACAAAUUGGUGAAGGAGCUGGAGGACGUUGUGAGGCAGGCUUCCUCGCUGCACACCCAGUUGAAGAGCCUGUCAGCUAGCACGCUGUCCUGUUCGUCAGGCAGCAGCCGAGGGUCUCUGACGUCUAGCCGCGGCUCGCUGGCCGCAUCCAGCCUCGGUUCACUAUCGUCUCUCAGCUUCACCGACGCCUACUUGGAGCACCAGAACGAGCUGAGCGACCCAGAUUUCCAGGUCAAGUUGGACUCUCUGCUCCAUGAGAACACCUCAUCUACCUACAGGCCCUCCAGCUCUAUCCCCACCAUCCACGAGAACGAGGUGACGUCAGGGCCGGCCGCAAGCGCCGCAGGUCAGGGCGGAGGGCUACGGGCUCAUGCACUACGUCUGUCUGAAACGCCUCGCUCCAUGAGCUCGCUUUCUCCACGCUCGUCGCUCUCCUCUCUCUCUCCGCCCUGCUCGCCACUCGUCCCCGAUGCCUCGUCGCUGGCCGGGGAGACUUUUUCAGGUUCGGCUUCCCAGCUAGACCUGGAGCUGCAGGCCCGGCUCAGCGAGCUCAGCCUGCAGGGGGACGCUAAGCAAGAUGCCUCUAAAGAUCUCGAUUCCCAAACAAGGGUCCUGGGGUCCGGCUCGAAGAAAGUGGGCGUGACGUCGGCUGUGUCGGAUGAAUCGGUUGCGGGAGAUAGCGGCGUGUAUGAGGCAGCAGAGAAAAGGCCUGGAGUCCCCGCCGAGCAGCUGUUGGGUGAUGAAGACGGGGGAUUAGUCAGCUGUGCUCAGAUCAGACUCGGCCUGAAGUACGAGGCUAUAGAGAAUCGCUUUGCCAUCUUCGUCAUGCAGCUGACUAACUGCAGCAUGCUGUCUGUUUCUGCCAGCCAGAACAUGUACAUUCGGGUGGUAGUGCUGCCCUGUCCAGAGGCUACUCGCUGCCUGUUCCGCACACGCAGCUCACAGGCUCACGACACCCUAGAGUUCAACGAGGUGUUCGCUGUUCAGCUUUCCCCCACUGCGUUCAGACAGAAAACCCUCCGCAUCGACGUCUGCUGCACCACCAAGUCCAGAUCAGAGGAGUGCCUGGCUGGAGCUCAAAUCAGUUUGGCUGACAUGGAGUGUUCGGAGGAGUGGUGUACCAAGUGGUAUAACCUCCUCAACUACAUGCUCUUUGCAGACAUGAAUGGCAAGAACAAAGAGCUUGAGGCUCCCACACAGUCUGACGAGACAAUAGAUCCCUCCACAGAACUCCAUGCAACUAACAUGAAGACGACUGAGACGGACUGGCACAUGGAGCCUCUGGAGAGCGACGUGUUUGUGGACGGAGUGGGCAGCGAUAUUGAAGGGGAGGAGUUUAAUUCGGAAGGCUGUCAGUGGGAAGUGGAAGAGGAGGAGGUGGUAGUGGAUGAUGAUGAAGAGAAGCAAGUGAUGACAGCCAAGCCUCCUGCAGCAGCAGCUAUCCCCGAAAAGGUGAAUAAAGAGACAAGCAUGGAGGGCCUCCCUCAUUCCGCCUCCGUGGUUCGACCCAAAGAGCGACGGCUCGAGCUGAACCAGCAAAACCCUUUUGUCAGGGGAAACACUAUAAUUCGCUCUAAGACGUUUUCUCCUGGUCCACAGAGCCAGUACAUCUGCAGGAUCAACCGCAGUGAUAGCGACAGCUCCACUUUGUCGAAGAAGUCUCCUUUCGUCCGGAACGCCUCCGAGAGGCGCAGUGUCCGUAUCAAAAAGCCUCCGAUGCAGAUGCGGGGUUUGGACGGUGUGAUGCGGACUCCUCUGGACCUGGAACUGGAGCUGCAGGCGUCUCGGACACGCCACAGCCGUCUGAACGAGGAACUGCGAGUGCUGCGGCAGCUGAAGGAGCAGAUGGAGAGCGCGAGGCAGCAGGGCCAGCGUAGCCUGCCGGCAUGGGUGCAAGAGGACGAACGCUUCCGACUGCUGCUCACACAGGCCGAGAAACAGACUCAGGAGGAACAGCUUCAGGAGCAGAGAGUGGAGAAGAUGAUGCGAGCGGCAGCUAAGGAGGUGCACAAGAUCCGAGGACAGAGUCGCAAAGAAGGUCCCGAAGUCCAGUCCUUCAGAGAGAAGAUGGCCUUUUUCACGCGAGUAAAGAUCAACGUUCCCGACCUACCAGCUGACGACGUAUAGACAACAAGCACGAGUCUUAACUGCUGUUUCACUGAAGAAGAACCUGACCUCUGGUGGUAUUAUGAAGAAUGAAGAAUUAUUAUUGCAGAAAAUUACAUGUAUUUUCAAUAGGAAAAUGUCCAUUUUUUUAAAAAAAACACUGGGUUUUAGCUCUCAGUUGAAAAUCUGUAGAUUCUGUCUCCUUUUUUCUUUUCUUUUUUUUUCUUUUUUUCAAUUGUACCAACAACCACAUUUUUUUCCCUCUCCAUAGCAAUAUUUUUUCUUUUACUACUAAUAAUUGUAUAUUGUUAUCUUAGGUUUUUUUUUUCUUUUUUUUUUUCUUUUUUUUUUUUUUUUUUGAUAGUCGAUCAUUCCAAAACACUGUUGUGUUGUUUUUAAAAUAACACAAGUAGAGGGGUAAAAAAGAAGUCGUCGGUUUGCUGUAAUUCUAUUAUGUGAAUGCAGAUCCUUAAGGUACUUUUAUGAUUGACAGCACAAGGUUUUGGAAAUCGCUGUUUAGAUGUAUGUUGGUUUGGGUUUAUUAGGUAAACACAAGCAAAGACGUAAACACGUACGCCAGCGAACGUCUCGCUACGAGCAGGGACGCUUUCAACAAGAUAAAGACUGGCGCUUUCUUUUUAAAACAUUUAACACUAUUUACAAGAAAAAAAAAUUAGCUAAAUCUAGCAUCGAAACAUACAAACUAACGGUAGCCAAAAAUGGUUUUAAUGUUUAGUUAUAGCUGAGUGGUAGCUAGCUGUAACUCAUGAUCAUCGUCACUACUUGCUGGUUCUGAGCGUUUUUUUUUGUUUUGUUUUUAGAAGUACAAACCGUUUUUUUGUCCACAAGGCACAGCACACAACACAGCGUCCAUCAUCCCAGCAAUUAUAUUUAAACUGCACUUAGUCGUCCCACAGCCUCUCAGGUAGAAUUUGGCUAGUUCAUGCACUUUAAUAGCUUGUAAUUAGAGAGUGAGGAAAGCAUUCACGGCACGUCGUAGCUUAUCAAGCACAAAGAAUAAAAGAAGAAGAAGGAGGAAGCCUGAUGCAUGCUCUCUAUGACCUUGAAAUAAAAAGUGGGAGAGUUGUUGUUGUUAACGAUAAUUUUCUGCAAGAUUUUUUUGUAUUUUUUCCCUGGAUUUUUAAAUUUUUAAAAAAAAAAUUGUUUUAAAGGCCAGAUUGCUUCUAAGACACUCGUCUAAUCCCUCUUUCCCUCGUCUUUAGCUGCAGGGGAGAUGAUCACGUUUCUCCUCACUUCAUUUCAUAUGAAAAUCAAAUAUAAGAUUAUCAGCCUGUCAACCCCCCCCCCAGUGUAGCCUUAAAUUCUUGCGUCUGAAGUUUUCUGACACUAAUAGACUAUAAAUGUCUUCAACAAAGCCCAUGAUGAGUCCUUUGGUCAUCUCCAGUGCUGCAGUCCACUGUACUCGCAACUCAGAGCAGAGUCACGUUUGUAUGUCUAAUCUCCGGAUUUAAAGUCGCCCUGGAUGAGGGCAUCUGCUAAAUACCAGAAAUGUAAAUGUAAAAAUUACAUUUAGAAAACGUUAUACAGGGAAAUCUGUGCAUUGCGAUAUUGUUGUGACGUCAGCUCUGUUUCCGUCCAGUCCCUCUCCCAUCCUUAUGUCCCAGUAAAAUGGAUUGCAGAUUAGAAGAGUUUACGAUGCCUAUGCUGCAUUCGGCCUGAAAUUAGAAAUCACUUACAAUGCGAGUUACAAAGAGCAAAUAAAAACAUGUAACUUCUACCUGAGUUCAGUGAGUGACCAGUUUCAAGAUGAGGGCUGUUUGGUUUUUCCUAGUCAGCGAGCAGAGUUCAGAGUCUCAGUGGAAGGCAGCAUAUGAAAAUUUAGGAUGUAGAAUGAAAGCAUUGAUGUAACCACUAAAGCAUCUCGUACACGCACUACGUAGAUUUCCGUACGCGGCCGUCCGAUACGCCUGGGAUGCGGUCAGGACAUAAAGAAAACGGAAGCACCGGAGACGUUUAUACGGACAGACGAUUUAAAUUUAACCCUGAACAACGUGCCUUGAUGUCAACAAUCUCAGUUUAAUUCUUUCGGUUUUCCCUCUUACCGCGUUCUUCCAUCGCACCGAGCUCCGACCUCAACAACAAACCAGCACCGAUCGUCUCGUCAGCACCUUUCUGUUCCAAACAACAGCAACCUCUGCAACAUUCCGCAUGUCUCUCACCCGAGAACAAACAAAUUUCUAAAAGCUUUACCUGUAUCCAAAUUUCUCAGAGUUGCAUUGCCACGCGUUUCUCAUUUCAUCGAUUCCUCCAUUAAUUCGCCACGCUCUUUUCUGCAUCCUGUUCCAUUUAAUUUUCUUCACGAUUAGAGUUCUAGCGCAACUCAGGCUGGGCAUUGCUCGGGGAUUGCUGUGGUACAAAAAAAUGACAAAAUACAAAGCGUAAACUGGAGGCUGUUUUUUUUUUUAUUUUUAUUUUAACACCCAUAUGUUGAAGUUGAAGACUGGAAUCUGAAUGUAUGAAAAGCAAACGUUUUCCUUUAAACAGCAUGCACUGUAUGUAGCUGAAUGUGAAUUGUUACAUGGAAACACUACGAUAGCUCUAUUUUCUUUUCUUUUGAACUGGAAGUCUUAGUUCUGGAAGAGCGCUACGCAGGGCAUCGGUUGCGAUUCACUGCGGCGCUCCUUUACUGCUCGAAGGCUCUGAUCAACACCACGCGCUUAUCUAACAUUCUGAUUCUGCUGUAAUCAUGUCAAAAACAUUAGAAAGGAGGAAAAAAAUAUCUCAGUCAGCCACCGAUGCUGGUAGUCAUGAAUGAUUUGUUAUGGAUAUAGAUUUAUAAUAGGAUUCCUGCGUCAUUGCAUUUGAUGUCUUUUAGUUUUUGUUUUUAAAUCCAGCACCAAUGGAAAAAGAACCGGGUCUUUCCACUAAAGCCGAGGCGAUUUUGAGAAACACAGCAUGUAUUUAUUGCACUUUUGUGAUUUGGGUGUGCUUUUUUUUUUUUCUUUCUUUCUUUUUUUUUGUCUUUUUUUUUUUCCUUUCCUUGUGAGACUUAUGAAAGCUGUGAAUUUUUCCCAUCGACACUGUACUGUCAACAAAAAAUUGUAAAUACGUCACCAGCACAAGAACAUGUUUUGUAGUUUCACAACAAAUAUAUAAAUAUAUAAAAAAAAAAAGGUUCUUUG